AUGGAUCAGCUCAACCUAUGCCCAAACUCUGCUAACUCGCCACCACUCACCCCACUCAGCUUCUUGGACAGAGCUGCUGUUGUCUACGGUGAUUCCCAUUCUAUUCUCUACAACAGCACCUCCUUCACCUGGUCCCAAACCCACCGUCGAUGCCUCCAACUCGCCUCCUCCCUCUCCUCCCUCGGCAUCCGCAGGGGCGACGUCGUUUCCGUACUCUCCCCAAACACUCCCCCCAUGUACGAGCUCCACUUCGCCGUCCCCAUGACCGGCGCCACCCUCAACAACCUCAACCUCCGCCUCGACCACCGCACCCUCUCCGUCCUCCUCCUCCACAGCGAAUCCAAGCUCGUGUUCGUCGACGUUCUCUCCCUCUCUCUCAUCCUCAACGCCCUCUCCUCCUUCCCGCCAAACACCACCUCGCGUCCCCAUCUCGUCCUCAUCACCGAUGAUGCGGUCGCGGUGCACCAAGACCUUUUCCCAGCCGUUGAGUUCCUGGACUCCUACGAGGGUCUCAUGAGCAAGGGCGAUCCUGGCUUCAAGUGGGUCAGACCCAACUCCGAGUGGGACCCAAUAACUUUAAACUACACUUCAGGUACGACGUCGUCUCCCAAAGGCGUGGUGCAUUGCCACAGAGGAACCUUCAUCGUGGCCCUUGAUUCCUUGAUUGACUGGUCCGUGCCGAAACAGCCGGUUUACCUGUGGACUCUGCCCAUGUUCCACUCUAACGGAUGGAGCUUCCCGUGGGGAAUCGCUGCCGUCGGUGGAACCAACGUUUGCGCGCGUAGGAUCGACGCCCAGACGAUCUUCCGCCUGAUUGAAUCGCACGGGGUAACCCACAUGUGCGCUGCGCCUGUGGUGCUCAACAUGCUAACGAGCUUCGACAGAACAGAACCGCUUAAGAACCCGGUUCACGUCCUGACUGGCGGUUCGCCUCCUCCGGCGACGGUUCUGUCCCGGGCAGAGUCGCUGGGUUUGGUGGUGAGCCACGGGUACGGGAUGACGGAGACGUGCGGUGUGAUAGUGUCGUGCACGUGGAAGAGGGAGUGGAAUGAGUUUCCGGCGAGGGAGAGGGCGAGGCUGAAGGCGAGGCAGGGAGUGAGGACGGUGGGAGUGACGGAGGUGGACGUGGUGGAGGCUGAGUCAGGAUUGAGCGUGAAGCGGGACGGAUCAACGGUGGGCGAGAUAGUGGUGAGAGGAGGGUGCGUGAUGCUGGGUUACCUGAAAGACGAAGAAGCGACGUCAAAGUGCAUGAGAAGAGGGAAUGGGUGGUUCUACACGGGGGACGUUGGGGUGAUGCACCAGGAUGGGUAUUUGGAGAUCAAGGAUAGGUCUAAAGACGUCAUAAUAAGUGGCGGAGAGAACCUCAGCAGCGUGGAGGUUGAGGCGGUGCUGUAUACUCACCCUGCGGUUAACGAGGUGGCUGUGGUGGCGAGGCCAGAUCAUUUCUGGGGGGAGACGCCGUGUGCGUUUGUGACCUUGAAGGGUGGUACUGGGUUGACGAAGAAGCCUUCGGAGAAGGAGCUGAUGGAGUUUUGUAGGGAGAGGUUGCCACAUUUUAUGGUCCCGAAGACGGUGGUGUUUAUGGAGGAGCUGCCGAGGACUUCCACGGGGAAGGUUCGGAAAAAUAUACUUAGAACGGAUGCCCAAGCUAUGGGGUCUUUGCCACCGCCAACACCACCACCUAGUCGCACGUAA